UGGCAGCCAUCACCACAUGUUCCAACACAACAUUCAAAUCAAUUCCAGAUUAAAGAUCUCAAAGUGUUUGUUGCAUUGAGGGACUUCACAGCAACUUCUUCGUUCAGCAUAGAGAUAGUCAUUAAGGAAAGCUUCCUACCUUUCAACUCAGGAUGUUUCUCAGACUCUUUGUGAUUUCCCUGUUUCUUUUGACGAUGGUGCAGAGUAGAAAACGACCUUUAACAAGCGAUGUGUGGAACUACAGAGAUGGAUCUGAUAAGGUUAAUAUGCGUGGAGUUGCCAAUUUGACAGAGAUAUUGGAUAACUGGAGAUUUGACAUUUUGACUCAGAUGAGAAACAUGUUGACAAAUGAUCACCAGUCUCUCCUCCCUGACUAUUCCAGAAUCUCUCCCCUCUCCGAGGCACUUGGUGAUCUCUACAAAGAGUUUAAUUCUCUGAAAGAGCACCUAGGAGAUCUAACUGAAAAGUUUGCUGCUCUGGAAGUCUCUGUUGAUCAAAUUAAAAUGAAGCUUGCUGAAACACCAAGUGGACCCAGGCAAAAGCAGAACCUUCCAAAGAGAAAGGUUCUGGUUCCAAAAAAGAAAGUACCCCAGCAAUAAGUCAAUGUAUGAAUUAUCUACACAGUUUACAAAUCAUAUAUAUUAUAUAUAUACCUAAGGGAUUUGUUGCAGUUGGUUACAGUUUGAUGGUGAAAUGCUCAAAGAAAGAUUUUGUUAGUUAAGAACAUUUCUUAUAAUAUACUUCCAAAAUCUUACAAUCACAAUUUCGUGUAGGCUGGUGUUCUCACACUAUUUUGUUGAUAUUUUCUUCACAUUAUCUCUGCAUCUUAAAUAGAUGUGACACCAGUAUUUCUGAAAAUGUAUCUUUUUCAGCAUUUGUACUAAAAGCUGUUAAAUUAAAGUAAAUGCAGCAACACUGUGCCUUUUAUUUGAUUCCAAACAGCAUGUAUUUAAAGAUACAACCCUACGGGGAAGAAAAUUAAGCUACUAUCACUCCUGAUUAUGUACGGGAUACUUAUCACUGAGGUCUAAUACAACUAAGUAACGGUACAUUAUUGGCACUGACUUUGUUGCAUUUGUCAUAAUUUUAUGCAAUAUCACUUAUCACAAACAAUUUCCCUCAGAGAACAUGAAUGUACCCUUGGAGAGUACAGACACCUCACUCUUGAGAGCACACACUCUCCCUGCAGAGAGAACAGAGCCCUCACCCUGCAGAGAGAACAGAUUCCUCACCCCUCCCCCUCAAGACCACAGAUCACUCACACUCGGAGAAUAAAGACCCCUCACCCCCAAGAAUACAGAGUCCUGUAUAGAUUGAGCAGUAAAAUUUGGGGGAGUUGUUAGGAAUGUGGGAGAAUAAAAUGGGUUACAGUGGGAUUAAUGUUGAAAUGGAUGCUUAAUGCAUAGAUUUGGUAGGACAAAGGGCCUUUGGCACUAUUGUAUCUAUGAUUCCCCUCACCCUUGGAGAGCAAGCAUCCUGCACCCUCAAAUAGCAUGGACCCCGCACACGUGGAAAGUAUGUGCCUGCACCCUUGGAGAUUAUGGACCACAGAAAAUGCUGGAAACCCUCAGCAUGUCAACUAGCACCUAUGGAAAGAUAAAGAGAGUUAACGUUUGAGGUCUGAUGAAAGGUCUUUAACAGAACAAAAACAAAGACAGGAACAAAAUAGGAGCAGGAGCAGGCCACCUGGCCUCUCAAACCUGCACCACUAUUCAAUAUGAUCAUGACUGAUCAGCCCCAGGCCUUAACUUCUAUCUUGUGCCAUCUAUUUGCUGCCCCUUCAUGUCAAGCUUUGAUUUUCUUUUUUCCCUUCUUCAUCCUGUGCCACUGUUUUCUCAUUUCUUUCUGAGUUAUUAAACUUCCCAUCACUAUCAUCCUUCUAAUUUAUUUAAAGCCCUGUCUAUAACCAUAUUUAUGUGUUUCACACAGUUCAAAUGAAGCCUGUCCCAAUGCAACAGCUCCCUCUUCCCAAAGUACUGGAGUACUAGUGCCAGUUCCCCGUGAAUCACCACCCAUUUCUCCUAUGCCAACCAUGUACUUCUCUAAUCUUAUUAGAUAGAUUAUUAAUCUUACUUAUCCUCUGCCAAUUGCAUGUGGCUCAGGUAAUAAACAAGAGAUCAUCACCCUUGUGGUUCUGUUUUGACAUUUUCCCAGCUGUCAAUGUAAGCUUGAGAAACAACACUCAUCUUCCAUCUGGGCAUGUUAAGGCAGUAACAUUGUUAGAGGCAAAUUAUUGCAUGGGAAGUUUGUUCUUUGCUGUUUAACGUGUGUUACUGAUUUCACAAUUUUAUGUUAUAGCCAAAUAAACCCAAUGAUAUAUUUCUUUGCUUCUGGAGGGUAAAAUUAAGACUGAAUGAAAGAAUGAAAAUCAUAAAGAAACUCCAGACACUAAAAAUCUGAAAUAAAAACAGAA